AUGUCCUAUCCGCCACCUCCAGGUCUCAAACAGACUCCCGCCUCUCUCCCACCUCGACCUCCUCCUUCCAACAAUGCCUCCAAACCAUCGGGCUACAGCGCCUUUACGGCGUUCCAACCGCGCGCCGUAGCGUCCACCAAGACACAGUCGCAGCCUUAUCGCACCCAGAGCCCAACCAUCUCGGCACCACCCGUCUCAUCUGCCGGGUAUGCAUCACCUGCGACAGGCUAUGGCAACUAUUAUCAACAGCCGCAACCCCAAACCUACCAGUCACAACCUCAGUCCUACCAGUCCGGUCCUUCCUAUUACAGCCCGAGCGUCCCCCAGAUCCAGAACCCGUUUGGCUCCACCCCGAAUCAACCUCAGGGCGCUCGGCGCGGACAGAACCCUGGGAUGGACCCGGAGACCGAAGCUCAGAUCGCACAAUGGCAGAGUGCCUACGCCAACCCUGCCGAGGAAGUUGGCAAACCGCAGGGCUCUAAUGCUGUGACACCCGCCGUCGGUACCCCGAUUCCCACACCUCAGCCAGAGCCUCAAGCCACAGUUGCCCGAUCUGGUGGUGGUGAGAAAUGGACCGACUCGACUCUGCUGGAAUGGGACCCCGCCCAUUUCCGCCUAUUUGUUGGUAACCUUGCAGGCGAAGUGACCGACGACUCCCUGUUGAAAGCGUUCGUGCGUUACCCGUCGGUACAAAAGGCACGCGUGAUUCGAGAAAAGCGGACACAGAAAAGCAAGGGAUAUGGCUUCAUCAGCUUCAGCGAUGGCGAUGACUACUUCAAAGCCGCCCGUGAAAUGCAGGGCAAGUACAUCGGGUCUCAUCCCAUUCUACUGCGACGCGCCAACACCGAGGUGCGCCCGGUCUCGAAUAAUAAGAAUCAACGGAAGAAUAAUGGCGGUGGUGCGCGUGGAACGGGGUCGAAGGUGAAGCAAGAUGGAGUGAAGAAGCCCGGAAAGACCAAGGGCGGCCUGAAGAUUUUGGGUUAA